GAUAAAAGCACAGAAAAUGGCAAGCAGUAAUGAGAUGACCAUCAACCUUGUUGUCCUUGGAAGAUCUCAGAGUGGCAAAAGUGCUGCUGGGAACAGUCUGCUGGGCAGCUCAGACUUUAAGAGUUAUCACUCCUCGAACUCUGUGACUACAUGCUGCAGCCUUGGCCGCAGCUGCUGCAUUUUGGGGAUUAUACGAAGAAAUGGCUGUGAGCUAGCUCUCCGUGUUCGAGUACUUGACACUCCAGGCUACCCUCACAGUAGUCUGAGCAAAGAGCAGGUGAGAGACACGGUGAGCUCAGCCCUGGCUCAGCACUUUGGGGAAGAAGGCCUGCAUCUCGCUCUCUUGGUCCUGAGGGCUGACUUGCCUCUGUGUCCGGAUGAAAGCUAUCACACAAUUCAGUUCAUCCAG